AAAAAUACCAGCAAAUCAGUUCAGUUCUUCGACUGCUUUCAAGAUGAAGUUCUUAGUGCUCUUUUUGGCUGUCGCUGCUUUAGCUUCUGCUGUACCUCAUCGCAAUUACAUUGACAUUAGGCAAGAUGGUACUAUUUACAUCGAGAGUGAAGAAGGAAAGCAGAUUUGGAUUCACAAAAACUAUGGGCUCAAUGGACAGAAGAAAAUUGAAAUCGAAGUAACUGGACCCAAUGGUCUUGCAAAAAUGUACAAAUUUGAUUACAACAACCAAGUUAACUACGAAAGUGGAAUGGGUUACACCAACUUAAAUACUUUCGGAAAGAACCACCAGGAUCAGUAUGAUAUUCUCGACGUAAUCUUCAGAGAAUAUUUGGGAUACGUUGAUGAGUACACUUAUCAACAACUCCUCAACAAGGUCCACAAAGCUGUUCUCAACGGUUGCUUCGAUGGUCAAGUUUUGUAUAUUCUUCAAGCCCUUGUUGAAGACACCAAAUGGGAAAAUUUGAUCUCUGGCCGUUAUUCCUACGAACAAACUGAUGUAUUGAACAAAAUGAACCAACAGAAUAAAUACGGUAUUGGAUAUUGGGGAAAACUCUUCAAAGGACAAGGUGGUUAUGAACAAGUAUACCAACAAUACGACGUCAACUACUACUACAACGUAUUGAUGAAAAUCUUCGAUAGACAAGUUUUGAAAACCAUCUUACUCCAAGAGCAAAUGUACAACCAAGAAAUGUACGGUCAAUACACUUAUGAGAGAAUUUGGCACAUGGUUUUCACUCACCAAGGUAUCUUCGACCACCAAUACUUGGUAGAAAUCAUAAACAACCCUGUGCUCAGAAAUUGGUUUGUCCAAAAAGGAUUUUUCGACAAAUUUGUUCUUGACCAAAUCAUUUACACCUACAAGACUCAAGGAGUUUACGACCAAUACUUGUUGCAACGAUUGGUGAACACCCAGGUAUUGAAAUACUUCUUCAUCCAACAUGGAGUCUCUGUCUAUGAUAUCUUGGGACAAACCACUUACAAACAAUACAAUUCUAAUGUUUGGUUCAACAAGGGAAAAUCCUUCGGACAGACCCCCUGGACGACCUACAAACAAUUGUUUGGUGUUUACGGAAAUGCUCCUGAAUAUGGAUACAAUGCGCGUAUGUACGGAGGAAACUAUAUGUGGAACGUUUUACACAACCAAGGUCCUUACAGCUACAGCUAUGGAAAAUUGAACAACCAAUAUCCAAUCAACCACCAGGUAUAUUGAGGCAGGAUUUUUUUUUGUGUGUGAUUGAAUAUAAUAAAGUUAUCAAAGCAUA